UCCCCUACAAAUAUCAUCUGUCCUGCACAGAAGUGGCAGAGAGGCAGGAGAGAUCAGGACGAGGGUAAAGCAGAGCGGUUCAGUGUGAAACAGCGUUAUGUGAAAAAAACAAGAGGAGAGGAAAGGAAACAUAAAUACAAGAGCAAAUAUACAGAAAAAGAAGCAUAUAACUGAGGAGGAGGAAGAGGAGGAGGAGGAGGGAGGAGGAGAAGUCGCUCUGUUCACCUGAUCUCACUUCCUGUUCAUCUCGGUUGGAAGUUCUGCCUGACAACUGUUGCCAUGGGUGAAAUGGCGCAACUUCGGAAGGAGGUGGAGGACCUCAAGGGGAAGAUCUCUGAGGCACGUAAAGGAGUGAAGGACGCCACGCUGCAGGAUAGCGUCUCAGGCACAGCAGCAUUGGGAAAGGUUCAGCUCAAAUCCAGAAAGACACUGAGAGGACACCUGGCCAAGAUCUACGCCAUGCAAUGGGCCACAGAUUCAAAACUGUGUGUGAGCGCAUCUCAGGAUGGCAAACUGAUUGUGUGGGACACCUACAGCACCAACAAGGUGAACGCCAUCCCACUGAAGUCUUCGUGGGUGAUGACGUGUGCUUACGCUCCCUCAGGAAACCUGGUGGCAUGUGGUGGCUUGGAUAACAUGUGCUCUAUCUACAACCUGAUGCCUAAAGAUGGCCAUAUUAAGGUCAUGCGUGAGCUGGCUGCACAUACAGGUUAUUUGUCUUGCUGUCGCUUCCUGAGUGACACCGAGAUCAUCACCGGUUCUGGAGACUGUACCUGCUGUCUCUGGGACAUCGAGACUGGAGCACAGAAGACGAUUUUUUCUGGCCACAUUGGUGACUGCAUGUCAAUGGCUGUGUCUCCAGAUUUUAAUUGUUUUAUUUCAGGAGCAUGUGACUACACAGCCAAACUGUGGGACAUACGAGAGGGCCGGUGCAAACAGACCUUCUAUGGUCAUGAGAGUGACAUAAAUGCUAUUGGGUUCUUCCCCAACGGUAACGCAGUGAUCACUGGCUCAGACGACUCGUCCUGCAGGCUGUACGAUCUGCGCGGUGAUCAGGAGCUGGCCACCUACCAGGAUUCGAACCUCAAUAGCGGUGUCACCUCCCUCGCACCAUCACUUUCCGGACGCCUCCUCCUGGCUGGCUACGAUGACUUCACCUGCAACAUCUGGGAUAUGCUGAAGGCUGAGCGAGUGGGAACACUGUCAGGCCAUGAUAACCGAGUGAGCUGCCUCGGUGUGACGUCUGACGGAAUGGCUUGCUGCACAGGAUCCUGGGAUAGCUUCCUGAAGGUCUGGAACUGAAACAACUUCUGAAUGAGUCGCAUCUUCUAAAGAAAAGAGGAAAUACAUGAUUCAGGGAAACACCUGAGUGGGUUUAAAAUUGGGUUUGUAGGCACACAGAGAGAGAGAGAGAGCGGUGUUUGCACUUGAGAUCAUACUGUAUCUCAUAUAUAUAUUUUUCCUUAAAGAAAUUAUGCAAUAAACAAUACAAAUGACAAGUGAUAUAUAGGACUGUUCAAAUCUUACAGGGGCCCACAGUGCUCUGAGUAACUGCAGGAGAUACUUUUCAGGUCAUUUUGAAAAACAGUUAGAGGAAUGUAGGUAAAAUAGUGUUGGUUACUCUUAAAUACUGUUACUAGUGCAUAGUACUUGAAGACUGAACUGAAACGUACACACCAGAAUGAGCGAUACGGUUAAUGUGUAAAUAACGCAAACUGCCAAAAUACAUUUGGCAUGCAUAUUUUUAAAUUCAUGCUAUAACUCUAUUGCUUUAUAAAUUCACAUUGAUCUAUAAGUUUGGAAAAUAUUGUUCCAUAUUAGAUUUUAGAUAUCUGUACUUAUAUUAUUCAAAGCAUAUAAUAUUGGCUACAUUUAAUUAAUAUGGCAUUAGUCAUUUUCAUAAAUCAUUAUUCUUUUAUUACAUAUAUUGCUUAUUAUAUGCAUAAUACUUUGUAGCAUUACUUCACUAUCCUUGACUUUUCCACUAUACGCCACUAAUAAAAGAAAGCUAAUCAUGGUCAUGAGA